AUGGCUUUGCUCAGCAAUAUCCUAGCCGCCUAUUCCUUUGUCUCAGAAAAUCCCCAGGGAGCAGCUCUGUACUUUGUCUCUGGUGUGUGUAUUGGACUGGUCCUCACCCUAGCUGCCUUGGUGAUGAGGAUCUCUUGCCACACAGACUGCUGUCAGCAUUCCCAGAAGCUUCUGAGGGACCAAGAAAGCAGCAGCAAUAGCAGCGACAGCGAGGACGGCAGCUUGGAUGCAGCAUCUGACAUCUCAGUCAGGAGACAUCGGCGCUUUGAGAGGACUUUGAACAAGAAUGUCUUCACCUCGGUGGAGGAGCUGGAGCGAGCCCAGCGGCUGGAGGAGCGGGAACGUAUCAUCAGGGAGAUUUGGAUGAAUGGCCAGCCUGAGGUUCCCGGCACUAGGGGCCUGAACCGCUACUACUAG